AAGUAUAGUUUUGUAUAAUUGCCUUGCAAUUCGCUCUCUCUAAUUACCCCACGCGCCAUGUACGGAUACGACACCACCGCAUUCUCACGCGCCGCCGACCCCCUCGGCGACGAGUACUCGCAGUAUCCGGUACCGGUCCUGCAAGCUCCGCCGCCUCUGAUGUUUCAGCCUCAUGACUUGCCUUUCCUGCAGCCUCAUCAUCAUGAGCAGCUGGCGGUUGCGGUGGAGGUGGACUCGUUGGCGCUGCUGAGCUCGGAGGCUGGGAGCAGCAGCGCGUGCAGCAGCUACAGCUCGCCGAGUUCAGUCGGCUGGUCUGCUGAUCAGGGAACGAGCCUAAUUCAGCGGAGCGUGAGCAGCCACUCGCUCCAGAAGAAUGGGGCCCACCGGGUCCUCUCGUCGGUGUCCGAGCUGCUCGACUCGGCCGAGACCAGCCCCGUGAGGAGGGUCUACAGCACCGGGGACUUGCAGAGAAUUAACAUGGUGCAACAUAGUUAUCGAUCAGAAAGUCCAUUAUCGAGCGAGAGCAGCGCCAUCAUCGAAGGCAUGAGCAGAGCCUGUCGUUACAGUCAGGAGGAGAAAAGGGAGAGAAUUGAGAGGUAUAGAAGCAAGAGAAACCAGAGGAACUUCAACAAGAAGAUUAAGUAUGCUUGUAGGAAAACAUUGGCAGACAGUCGACCGCGCAUAAGAGGACGAUUUGCAAGGAACGAAGAAAUUGAUCAGAAGAGUUCUCAAGCUCAGUGGAGCCACAUUAAUGGUGGAGAGGAAGACGAGGACGACGACGAAAAUUGGAUCAACUUUCUGGAUGCUCUCUCUUCAAACCUAAUUCCUUAAUCUAGCUAGCUAGUCAAGGAAUACUAAUUUAAGUUAGCGUCCCUGCAUGCUAAUUUUAGCAGUCAUAUGUAUCAUAUAAGUUUUAGUCUGCUGUUAUUGUUGGGCUUGUAUAAUGCACUUUAAGCAAUGUGUUUAAUUAGCUUAAAGUUGGUGAUGAUCAUUUGUAUAUAUAGCUGAUUGUAUAAAUAUUU